AUGUCUCAAAAAAAAAAUGUUGAACCAUGGAAAUCAUUUGUAGCUGGUGGUACCGCUGGUGCUAUUGAAGGAGUCAUUACUUAUCCGUUUGAGUUUGCCAAGACUCGUCUUCAGCUAGUAGAUAAGAGUGCAUCACCUAACCAACUGCGAAACCCACUUAAAUUAAUUUACAAUGUUGCCAAACAGCAAGGAGUCUCUGCGUUGUACGUGGGAUGUCCUGCUUUUGUUGUUGGAAACACCGUGAAGGCUUCGGUGCGGUUCCUUGGGUUUGAUGCAAUUAAGAAUAUGCUUGCCGAUAAGGAUGGGAAAUUGUCAGGUCCGAGAGGUGUUAUUGCCGGUUUGGGCGCUGGGUUGUUGGAGAGUGUUGUUGCGGUUACACCAUUCGAAGCUAUAAAGACAGGGCUAAUCGACGACAAGCAACGACCCAAUCCAAAAUACCAAAAUGGGUUGGUACUGGGAACAGUGAAGUUGUGCAAAGAUAUGGGAUUCCGUGGGAUCUAUGCCGGUGUUGUGCCAGUGAGUUUACGACAAGCUGCAAAUCAAGCAGUGAGGUUGGGUUCAUAUAAUGCAAUCAAGACGGCAAUUCAGCAAGCCACUGGCACCCCACCUAACCAACCAUUGAGCUCGGCCGCUACGUUUGCUGUAGGUGCUUUUGCUGGUAUCAUAACAGUGUACUCUACCAUGCCUAUCGACACCGUCAAGACUAGAAUGCAAGCAUUGGGAUCGGAGAAGGAAUAUACUUCGACUUUGAAUUGUUUUGCAAAGAUAUUCAAAAAUGAAGGAAUUUUGACAUUCUGGAAAGGCGCUACUCCAAGAUUAGGAAGAUUGGUCUUGAGUGGAGGUAUUGUGUUCACCAUAUAUGAGAAGAUGUUGGUGUUAUUGAAAUAA